UCCGGGAUCACGCCACCACUUCCACUUGGGAUCCUGGCGAUAUGGCUGAUAAUGGAAUGGGACCGUGUUAUCGUCAGCGCCAAAUAGACAAACCCAUAGUGUAGCCAUCUUAAAAUCACUGGUCGAAUAGAACCGUAGAACAUAUUCUUCCAUAGUCUAAAUAAUAAUUAGUGAUUAAAUAGGCCUAUAGGUAUUCCAUAGCCACCUCCUUCACUUGCCACCACGUAAGCUACCGCGGUAGCUGCACAAACUUGUCGCAGUGGAUAGCAUACAAUCGUUUGGAUUGCCCUAUCUACAGGACUGAGUUUCGCGUAUUCGGAUCUUUUCAGGCCGUGGGCCCCUGGCUGUGUGAGAUGGACAGGAUGAAGAUCAUCAAGCGGAGGCUGUCCAUGUCUCUCCGCAGCACCCGGCCCGUAGACGACUCCCUGUCUGAACUGGCCGAGCAGAUGACUCUGGACGAGCCCUCUGCAGUCAGAGAAAACGAGCCCAUGGUGGUGUGUCCUGUUAGCAUACAUCCCCCAGCCUCUCACAGCGCUCCGUCCUUCCUGCGUCAGUACGCUGGCCACCUUGGCCGCACCGCUGCCCUGCGCAGAGACAACCCAGGCCUGGACCGCGACAGGCCCUACCUCACCCUGCACAGGACCGGAUCCCUUGGUAUCGUCCAUGAGAACGUGAAGAUGGGCUCAGACGGGGAGAGUGAUCAGGCAUCUGGGACGUCUUCUGAUGAAGUCCAGAGUCCAGUCAGGGUCCGCAUGAGGAACAACCACCACAGGCGCAUCUCCAAUGAGGACAUAAACAAGCGCCUGUCUCUGCCGGCUGACAUCAGGCUACCGGAAGGCUACCUGGAGAAGUUUGCCAUGAACAGUCCGCCCUUCGACAAGCCCAUGAGCCGCAGGCUACGAAGAGCCUCAUUGUCUGAAAUCGGCUUUGGCAAGUUGGAGACGUACAUCAAACUAGACAAACUAGGGGAGGGAACCUAUGCUACAGUGUUUAAGGGGCGCAGCAAGCUGACUGACAACCUGGUGGCUCUGAAAGAGAUCCGAUUGGAGCAUGAGGAGGGGGCCCCCUGCACUGCCAUCAGAGAAGUGUCUCUGCUGAAGGACCUGAAGCAUGCUAACAUCGUUACCCUACAUGACAUCAUCCACACUGACAAGUGCCUCACGCUGGUGUUUGAAUACCUGGAGAAAGACCUGAAGCAGUACAUGGAUGACUGUGGCAGCAUCAUGAGUGUACACAACGUUAAGAUCUUUUUGUUCCAGUUGUUGCGAGGGCUGGCGUACUGCCACAGGAGAAAAGUCCUCCACAGAGAUCUCAAACCUCAGAACCUGCUCAUCAAUGACAAAGGAGAGCUCAAACUGGCUGACUUUGGUCUGGCCCGGGCCAAGUCUGUCCCCACUAAGACCUACUCCAAUGAGGUGGUGACACUCUGGUACCGCCCGCCCGAUGUCCUGCUGGGCUCCACAGAGUACUCUACACCCAUCGACAUGUGGGGAGUGGGUUGUAUAUUCUAUGAGAUGAUGACAGGCAGACCACUGUUCCCUGGCUCCACAGUGGAGGAUGAGCUGCACUUGAUAUUCCGUAUCCUAGGCACACCAACAGAGUUGACCUGGCCUGGGAUUACCACCAGCGAGGAGUUUAAGACCUACAAGUUCCCCCGUUACCACGCUGAGCCCCUGGUCAACCACGCACCCAGGAUAGACAGUGAUGGACAUGACCUUCUUUCACUGCUACUACAGUUUGAGCCGAUGAAGCGCGUAUCGGCUGAGGAGGCUCUGAGACAUCCAUACUUCAGGAGCCUGGGGGAGCAGGUUCAGACACUGUCUGACACGUCCUCCAUCUUCUCAGUGAAGAACAUUCAGCUCCAGAGAGACCCAGGGAAGAGGUCUUCAACCUUCCCAGAGUCAGCAGUGGCCCAUAAGCUAGGCUCCGCCCCCUCGCAGUACUUCCAGAGAGAAGGAGCCAAUCCCAGGGCUCAGAGUCACGGCCUCUCCUCCCCCUCCACAGGCUGAGUUGCCCCUCCCAUUCUGCCCAGGGGAAGAGUAGGAGGCAAAGUGUGUUGUUUUAGUGUCGGUGGGGUUGGGGGGGGGUUGUGAGGAGGACAGUGACGUACGGAACUGUCACACACACACACCAACCCCGCCACACACACCGAAGGAGUCCAACACACACCCUGCCACACACACUCACUCACCCCGAAGAAUCCAACACACACCCUGCCACACACACUCACAGAAGGAAAGAAAACACACAGUACUACCCAGAACAAAAACAACAAGUCAACAACACAAGACUGAGGAACACUAAAUGGAGAAAAACAAAUGACUUAACAUAAUGAAGCCAGAGGAUGAGAA